AUGUUGUGUGGUGUGCAGAUUUUUGUUAUUUUAUUAAUGUGUACUAAAUGUUUAUGUCAGGUAAAUCAAAAAAACGUUACUGCCUUCCUCCUCAAGUACGAGCAUUACAUGAAGGCCUCCCAUGACCUGGAUAGAAGUGACAAGGCGCUCCUAAAGAGCUGGGCUUCUGUAGCGCAGGUGGAUCGCGUCAAUGUGACUUCACAUUACCGCCUUGAGAUGGUACGCCAUAAGGAACAUAGCUUUAGUCGGAACAAUAUUAGUCAGAAGUGGCUGGAAUGUUUAUCGCUACAUGAGCUGGAAAUAAAGAGACCCGAGCGAAAUUACUACCGUUGCGAAGCGGACUGCUUGCAGGUAGCAAGCGUGGCAGAUCACCAAGAGAAGAAAGCCGUUCACCAGGUUGCUAAAGAGAUUAAGCAAUGGCGAAAAAGCUUUCGAUAUUUAGCAAAUCAGUGCCAUUUGGAUAACCCAAGAAACGAGGACGCAGCGGGUGCAUGCCUUGUGGAAUACAUUCAACGGGACAAUUACGACUUAUCAUUACAAAGACUAAUGAAUCUCAAACAAAAAUGUAUAGGUGACAUAUAUUUAAAGAUGGCGUUUUCUUCUAAUGACUUGAACGAAUGCCUGAAAACCUGCCUUUCGCAAUUUCUUUAUGAAAUCAGAAAUGUAAUGGAUACGUUACAUUUAUGUUAUGAAAUCAAAAGUAAAUAUAAGGAGUAA